AUGGUCUACAUUGGCAAACCCUCUCGAGCUUGCGCUCACUGCAGAAGGAGGAAGCUCCGCUGCGACCUUCGAAAGCAGGCUUGUGGUCAAUGUGCCAGGGCGGGUCUCGUUUGCGGAGGCUACCGUGAUCCAAAUCAGCUCAGAAUUCAAGAUGAGAGCCAAACAACACGUCAAAGGUCCAUGGUCGGUCGGUCCAGAAAUCCCGGCCCCAGCAUUCAAAUUCCGCUGGACCAGCAGGCCAGAGGAGCUUUCUUCUCUCACUAUGUUCGUGGGUUGGCGAGGACGUACGACGUCCUCGAACGCAUCGACACCCAGUCGCCAUUGGAAAAACAUCUCACCGCUAGUAUGGACGCCGUCAGUCUAGCCUUUUUCCAUUUUCAGACUUACUCAAUCAAAGCCUCGCUCCUUGCUCGAGAAAAAUACCUAUCUGCUCUGCCACUGGUGAACAGUGCUCUAAGGUCACCCGAGUCGCUGACCAGUGAUUCCACCUUGCUGUCCGUCCUUUUUCUGGAUCUUUACGAGAAAUUAAUGAACAACAACCCCCGAUGUUCCGAAUUGUGGAUGACCCAUGUCAAAGGAGCUUUGGCUCUGUUCAAGUACCGCCAACAACAUCAGUUCCGGACGUAUAUCGGUCGACGGCUCUCAGUACGCCUUUUCACGAAUAUGCUGAUCAGCUGCGUUGCGGCAGAGUCCCCCACGCCAGUUGAAUUACUCCAGCUGCGUGAUGACGUGGCGCCUCACAUAGACGAGCAUGAUCCGAAGUGGCAGGUUACCGGCCUUUGUAUCGACUAUACAAACCUCCGAGCAGCCAUGCGUAGUGAAGCUAUGUCCAACGUCGAUAAGGUCAAGCGCGCAAAGCAGCUCGACCAUAAGUUCAAAGUGCUCGCAGACAACUUGCCCCCAUCCUGGAUUUAUCAAAGGGUGUCUCUGGAGAAACAGACCGAGCACGUACUUGAACCAUACUACGAUGUAUAUCCGGACUGCUUCACAGCUCAGACCUGCAAUGUCAUUCGAAUUAUGAGGAUAUCAUUGAAUGACACCAUUCGCACGAUUUAUGGAGAGAUGGCUCUGCAUGAUGAACAAGCUCAGUUCAACUCCAAGUGUGCACACUUUGCCUCCCAGAUCAUCGACGCCAUGGCUAAAGAGAUCUGUGCGACCGGCCCACAGUUUACCGGGGCUGAGAACGCUUCUCCCAAGAAGGACGGAUUCUCGCCUGUACGAAAGCUUCAUUGCUACACGCUCCUGUAUCCAUACUAUGUGGCUGCGAAAUAUGCCACCCCCGAAUCGAAUGUUCGCCCUUGGGUCCUCAGUCAACUAAGAUUGAUCGCAAGCAAAUCUGGAAUUAGGAACGGGGAUCGAGUUGCCGAAAUGUUGGAAAGUGCUGAGGACAUUCCUCCGUGGUCGGUCUACGCCGUACUAGGAAGUUAUGCGUUUGCGGCCUGA